AGGAUGCGGUGGAUCGGUUACGUGGCCACAAUUCUCUGGUGGUCGGGCAUCGCCAGGUCCCUCAGCACGCUGAAUCGAGGUCACAGUUACAAAAUCACCCCGAAGCCCUGUCGAGUCCCAGGACCAGAGUCUAAAGAGGGCACGUGCAUGUUCGUCUGGGAGUGCAUCAAAUCGGAGGGCACUCACGUGGGCGUGUGCGUGGACACGUUCAUGUUCGGAAGCUGCUGCGUGCACAACACGACUACGAACGCGAUCACCGCGCCCCAUCACCAUCACCAUCAUCACCAUCAUCAUCACCACCAUCAACAACCUUCCUCCUCCUCUUCGUUGUCCUCAAACGCGUUGAGGCCAACCCUGGCUGAAGCACUGGGCAACGAAUCCACCAGACCCACGCAGACCUCCCUCUCCAGCUUCCUCGUCACGGACUCGAGCACCGCCAGGCCGAGUCACCAUCCAUCCGAGACGACCAACUCUUCCGGAGGGUCCAGCAGACCGCACAAACCGCUGUCGGCCGGUUCCGCUAGGCCGUUGCAAAAAAGACCGCACGCGAAACCCACGUCCGAUCACAAGGACAGAAUCCAGACCUCUGUGCUGCCUGCCUCGUCGAAUUUCUGGGAGAAGGCGUCUCAGAGCACCAAGAGACCGGGAUCCUUGGAUUCCUGGGAGAAGGGAUCGCAGAGCACCAAAAGACCGGGAUCCUCCGAGCUCUGGGAGAAGGGAUCUCAAAGUACUAGGAGACCUGGAGCACCUGAUCUCUGGGAGAAAGGAUCGCAGAGCACCAAGAGACCGGGAUCUUCGGAGCUCUGGGAGAAGGGAUCUCAAAGUACUAGGAGACCUGGAGCAGCUGAUCUUUGGGAAAAAGGAUCUCUGAGCACAAGGAGACCUGGAGCACCUGAUCUCUGGGAGAAAGGAUCGCAGACCACCAAGAGACCGGGAUCUCAAAGGGGACAUUGGGAGGAUGGUAAUCAGAAUACUAAGAGGCCUGGUCAUCACGACACGCAGAAUCUUCAGAAGAGACCUGAAAGUGGCCAGCAUGUGGGAGUGAAGGAGAAAGACACGACGCACAGUGGGUUUCAGGGGCAUCAUCAGGGGUUCAAGGAUAAAGUAGACAGCGGGCAUAACACGUUGGUGAUUAGGUUACCGGGGAAGGAACAUGCUUCUGGCCAGGACGAAGGUAUCAGGCCUAACAGGCCGAACAACCAAAGACCUUCCGAGUCUAGACCUGAUGACGGGAAGACUGAGGAUGCUGAUUUGAGCGUGCAGGAGUCGGUGCAUCGACCUAACGUUAACUCGGUUGACGAAAAUGAAACCGCCAAGGACCCUCAUCCAAGCUUAAAUUUCAUCCACACGGAACGUCCGCAGUGGGCGACGAAGCCGGUGUCUCCCAAACCCACGACAGACUUCUCGAAGCCUUAUUUCUCGAUCAAGACCACCACUUAUCGGCCAAUCUCGACGAACGAGCAUCCGAACACCAGGCCGAACUUCGUCUCGAGGCCGAAUAUCUCCAGCACGACGAUGAAAACCACGACGAUCAUCAGGCCGACACACUUCAGUGGUCAGUCCACCACCAGCGCAGCCGGAUCCUUACCGCAGACCUCUCACUGGCAAGUGACCACAGAGCCGGCGUUCGUCACUAAGCAGAGGCCAUCGUCGUCCACGAAGCCGAUGUCCUCGCACGAGACCGCUAAACCGUCGUCGCCUUCGUCCUCGUCGCCGGCUAGUAGCUCGCAUUUCUGGUCGGAGAACAGCUGGACGCCGCCUAGGCCGUCCUUGAAACCUCACUGGACCGACAACCCUAGCCUCCUUCAGAACGGCCCUGAAGCCUUUCCCCCGCGACCGAGUUUCAAGCCCACGGAACCGCAAGAAAACACGGAGUUCCACAAGCCGCUAGGAGCAGCACAUUACAUUACCACGUCCCACUUCGAGACAUCUGCCAGGCCUAGACCAACGCAGAAGACUACCACUUCUACUACGACGACUACUACUACAACUACGACGACUACCACGACCACAACCACGACUACAACUACCACAACGACUACACCCAAGCCUGACACAACAGUGUCGACGACGGAAGCAACGGCGAAGACAGGAUCGGUGCUAACUGUUUCCGCUGCAGCUGAAAGCAAAGGGAUGCAGUGCGGUGUGCCACCGUUGUUCCCGAGGCCAGAGACUAGGAUCGUUGGUGGAAAGGAUGCACCGUUUGGAAGAUGGCCUUGGCAAGUGUCUGUGAGAAGGACGUCGUUCUUUGGGUUCUCCAGUACUCAUCGUUGCGGAGGAGCUGUGCUGAAUGAGAACUGGAUCGCUACUGCUGGACAUUGCGUGGACGACCUGCUCACCUCGCAGAUCAGGAUCAGAGUGGGCGAGUACGACUUCUCGUCGGUUCAAGAGCGGCUACCGUACGUGGAACGUGGCGUGGCGAAGAAAGUGGUACACCCAAAGUACAACUUCUUCACGUACGAGUACGAUCUGGCGUUGGUUCGAUUGGAGAGUUCGUUAACAUUCGCGCCGCACAUCUCUCCGAUCUGUCUGCCAGCCACUGAUGAUCUGUUGAUAGGCGAGAAUGCAACUGUCACCGGUUGGGGAAGGCUCAGCGAGGGUGGCACCCUUCCUUCUGUGCUGCAAGAGGUCUCUGUGCCCAUAGUGAGUAACGAUAGGUGUAAGUCAAUGUUCCUGAAGGCUGGGAGGCACGAGUUCAUUCCGGAUAUCUUCCUGUGCGCUGGAUACGAGUCUGGUGGACAGGAUUCUUGUCAGGGCGACUCGGGUGGACCUUUGCAAGUACGAGGGAAAGAUGGUCGAUACUUCCUUGCCGGCAUCAUAUCCUGGGGUAUCGGUUGCGCAGAGGCGAAUCUACCGGGUGUGUGCACGAGGAUCUCGAAGUUCGUCCCGUGGAUCCUGAAGAACGUCACCUGA